AUGAAGCGUUUACGAAAUGAGUUCAUGACGAUGAGUGAUUGUAAUGUGAGUAUGACGCCUCCAUCGUCAUCUAUUUGGGCCUCGAUGUCGCCCUGGAAGCCGUCGAACGCGUCCGUCAAACGCUGUCGAGACCGCUCUGUGCCCAUCGACGCGAUGAGUCGCAUGAUGUCGGCAGCCAUCACUAACGCGCGCAUCAAGAAGCAAGUCAAUUGUUUGGCGGCAACAGCAAGACGACUCUAG